AUGGAGAAACUACUUGAGAUAGUUGUAGUUGUUUCGACCAUACUUCUUGGCUUAGCUCUAGUUUACUUAUAUGAAGUCCUAUGGCUGAGGCUGGAGAAGAUAAGGAAAAAGUUGAGGAGGCAAGGCAUAAACGGUCCUAAACCUACUUUGCUCUAUGGCAACACCCAGGAGAUGAAGAGAAUCCGACAAGAACUCAAGUGUGUGCAGAGGCAAGACAAAGACAUGAACGGCUACAUAUCCACCAUCUUCCCUCAUUUCCUUCUCUGGAGGAAGACAUAUGGGCCCGUGUUCCUUUACUCAACAGGAGUUUUGGAGAUAUUGCAUGUUGCUCAGCCAGAAAUGGGUAUGAUAGGGCUGAUUGUGGAUGCAACUGUUCCGCUGUUACAAUCAUGGGAGAAUAUGCUUAAUAGCACGGGAGGUAGUCAGAAGAUCUAUGUUGAUGGAUACCUGAGGAACUUUUCAGCGGAUGUGAUUGCUAGAGCUUGUUUUGGGAGCAAUUUCAUAGAAGGAAAAGACAUAUUUUGCAAGCUCAGGCAGCUCCAGAAGUUAAUUUCUCAACAGGAUACAUUUGUUGGGCUGUCUGCACUGUGGAAAUACUUGCCUACCAAGAGAAACUGGGAGAUACAAAUGCUGGAUCAAGAAGUCCGGUUACUAAUCCUGGAUCUCUCAAGGGAACACAGGAGCAAAAGCCGCAGCAAUGCUGUCACGCACAUGUCCACAUAUGACAACCUUCUGCAUGCCAUUGUCGAUGGUGCAAACCAGUGCCCAAGCUAUUCCAGUGCCCCUGAAGAUUUCAUCGUCGACAACUGCAAGAACAUCUACUUUGCUGGGCAUGAAACUACAGCGGAACGUGCACGGGCUGAAGCUCUAGAAGUGUGCUGUGGACAGACAGUGCUGGACAUUGACGUCCUUCGUCAGCUGAAAAUACUUACAAUGGUGAUACAAGAGACUCUCCGGCUGUACCCUCCGGCAUCACUAAUCAUGCGUGAAGCCCUGACAGACAUCAGGCUUGGUGGAGUUGACGUCCCUUAUGGUACCAUUAUCCAAGUAGCCAUUUCAAUGCUGCACCUUGACCUCGAAGCCUGGGGUCCAGAUGCUAACGAAUUUCGUCCAGACCGGUUCGCGAAUGGAGCUGCUGCGGCGUGCAAGCCGGCCCACAUGUACAUGCCGUUCGGAUACGGACCAAGACUGUGCACCGGGCAAAACCUGGCAAUGGCAGAGCUGAAGGUUCUUCUUGCACGCCUGCUGAGCAAGUUCUCAUUCUCAUUGUCACCUGGGUACCAACACUCUCCGGUGUUUCGGUUGACCAUUGAGCCUGAGUUUGGCAUGCCCCUUGUGGUGACAAGGUUGCCAUGA